AUGGUAGGUUGUCACGUUUUCUGAUGUCCCCUGGCGCAUAGAAACGAUGCUAUGUCCUGCACAGAGUUAUUAUUUAGACCUGAAAUCAAGAGUUUUUGCGCCUGAGAAAUUUUUUGAUAUUUCGCCCUCAGGUACCUUGCUAAUUUCCCCGUUUCCACGCCGUUUUGCGCUACGCGUGUUGAGACCAUCAGUACUGUUCGCUCAUGAAUUAAAUUACGACCGUAUUUUCGUGCUUUCUUACAAUCUAGUAUUAUUAUCUUAGUUUACGGAAAACCUGGCUUUUGACAUUUUACCGACGACAAAUUUCAUCUAUUUUGAAACCGCUACUUUCGACCUGCGCUCAUUUUGUAAUUAACAACCAUGGCCUCUCUCAUUUGUUGCAUUUUAGAGGCCAAUUUGCCUUCGCGGCCAUGAGCGCGCUAUGACGCGCGUUCUGUUUAACAAGGAAGGUGACCUUGUGUUUACGGCUGCAAAGAACGCCUCACCAAACGUUUGGUUCAGCCAAAACGGUGAACGUUUGGGCACCUUCGAAGGUCAUCAGGGUGUCAUAUGGUGCAUCGACGUUGAUUACACGUCUUCUCGCCUCGUUUCUGGCUCUGGUGACUCUACCCUUAAGUUAUGGGAUGUCUCUUGUGGUCGGGAAAAUUUUCCUCAAUAACUUUUUUUGCAGGAAAAGAAUUGAACUCUUUGUCCACUGUAACGCCCGUUAGAGCUUGCGGAUUCUCCUACUCUGGAAACCUUAUCUUUUUUGCCACGGAUGAUGUAAUGAAAACCCCGUGUCAGGUCAUGGUGCUCGAUACUCGUGUACCCGGUCACGUACGUUAUUUUCCAUGCUUAUCGAGUCGUAUAGAUGACCGGAAAAGAUUCCGUAAUGGUUACCCGAGGCUGUUCAGAGGCAACAAAAAUAACAGCAGCAAUAUGGGGCGAUCUUGAGGAUUCCAUAAUAGUUGGCUGUGAGUCGGGCGAACUCAACAUGAUCGACAGUCGAACUGGGGCCGUAAUCAAGAGCGCAAAGGCUCACUCGCAACAGAUUACCGACCUGCAAGCUCACCCGGAUGGCACUAUGUUUAUAAGUGCAUCGAAAGAUCAUACCGCACAGGUAAUCUCUCUAAGUUGAUUUAGUCCUCUUUUUAGUGGUUGUGUAUUUCUUUUCAGCUCAUAAAUUCAUAGCACAUAUUAGAUUAACUUGUCCAUGCUCUGUCUGAUAUGCUUUGAACUGUGUCCAUUUCACCAUUCUGGUGGCCCUAUAGCAUCUUAUGCUAGCCGUCUCAUUCCUUUUACGGAUGCAACCAACCUUGAAUGCGUUAUCUCAUGAGCCAAAUUUCUGUUUUUUUUUCUAGUUACACAGUACCUAUGAAUUAGACACCAUAAAAACUUACAACUCUGAACGACCUGUGAACUCAGCAGCGAUCUCUCCGAAUAGAAAUCACGUACGUUUUUUUAUUCUCCCGAGAACGUGCCAGUAUUCUUGAUGCUGAUUUAUUAUUUCAAUUGGCCAUUCAUUUGACCUUCGGUAUUUGGUCUCCGUCACUGCCCGAGUGGAUCGACCUCUCCAAAUCAGCUGCCGCAGAUCAUCACGUGUGGAGGGCUAGAAUUCGGCACAUUAUCGAGACCAGCUAGAUCAGGCAUGAUCACAGCUGUGCAAGAAUCUUUCACGUUAUCUGCAGCGAAAAGUCUAACAGAGUUACGCAGUUCGAAAACUGUCGACAAAGACUAGCUGUGAAUCCUUGGGGUUUCCUAACAGUGCAAUAUUGUCUUCGUUGGAAAACGCCCAUACGAAGGAGUUUUUACUUCCCUGGACUUUUGCUAGAGUCGCAUCUAUUACAUAGUCAACGGUGGCUGGCGAAAGUGGACAGCAUUACCGGCCGUAUCUAUACUGAAUACGACUGCGAUUACGCCUAAUUUAGCCGACCUCAAUGGUGUCGUGGAGGGUACCUCUCCACGCGUAAGAAUCUGCGACAACGGACCUGGGGGUCGAUCCAUUCUCCUGCUACAAAGAUGAAAUACUGAAGGCACAGAAUCACCACCAUAUCUUAAAAGGCUGUGGCGAACUAGGUCUAGAAAUAAUCUCCUCGUCGCCUCUAGGUGGGCAUUUGCAUCGGACCGAUGUGGGGAACGCUGAGCUGACAGGUCAGUCGGCGAAGAACUACCUUGCCCCUGCGUAUUUGAGAAUGCCCACUUCUUGAAGUCUGUUGUCCUUCAUCUUAAGGGAUGCCCUUACCUGGUCAGGGAUGCAGCUCAAAUAUACUUUUUCUUCUCAGCGUUGGCAGAUGGAAUGAUUGAUUUAGCCAUUUAAUUCACUUGUGACACCAUAAUACAGGAGUCUUCAAAGUUUGCCGCUGGCAGGACGGUGUCGUCAGCAUAGUUUGGAUCGGUCAGCCGACGCUCCUGUGCAAAUUUAACACUGUCAAAACUGCGUACGGCCCCUCGCUGACGCAAUUGAAUGGGUUGAACCACAAAUUUUAACGUCGUCGAAAGCAGACCGAGUAUCGAACGACCUAAUCGUAGUAAUGGUUCUUGUUGGUAUGCCAUCUUGUUUCAUUAUCCUCCACUGGAAUACACAAUGGACGGAAUUUAACUCUGCGAUGAAGUCGACAAAGCAGACAGUUGCCCGUGGCCUUGAUAGAAUUCAAGAAUACACCCCACCCGACGCAUCCACGUCCAGUUAGAAACCGGUCUUGGUUGAGCCUCGUCCUUGACUCACCCACACCGACAAAGAGAGCUGCACCAAUUCACUUAGACUUACUCAGUGGUAGUUAUUGCACCUUGUCUUAACCCACUUCUUGAAGACGAUCGCAAGGUUGCUGAGACCCAAGUCAUCAGGAGCUGGUUCGUCUCAAUAAGCCUGCUCAGUCACCUUACAACACCAUUGCCCCACGUUAUCGGCAAGUCUUAGAAGUGUCAGUCGUAAUUCCGUUCUCUGAUACGUAGCCCCCUACUGCAUUGCCGAUUCCUCCCCGUGAAAGGGGAUCACAUGGCACUGAAUAGGUAGAAAGGGCACAGAACUCUGCUGCAAGGGAACGCGAGAGUGAUGAUUUGGUCAUCAAAAUUCGAAGGUUUCCGAAAUGCUCACGCUAGCGCCAAACGUUGGCUGAGUUGUGUGUUAUGAGGCGGCCAUUCACAUCGCGGAAAGCCAUCCAGUGCAUAAGGCUUGCUGUCAAGUCGGCAGAUAAGUUUGUAGAGUUUUCGAGUGUCGCCGGCGUCUGAGGCCUACUCUGUGAAGGUCGCUGCUCCCGCCCAGUCGUUUUUCGGCAACCUGCAGCAGACUGUAGCGUCAUUUUCUGGAAUCGGUGGAGGACUUCUUGUUGCGUGACCGCUCUCAAGCUGUCUGGACAGACAGCUGUAAGACCCUUGAGCUGCCACAGUCCUUACGGCGUUGCCGGUGAAUUCGAUAUUUUUCUCAUUUGCCUCGGAAACUGGAAGCUUUAGUACUGAUCAUUUGCUUCUACGUUCUACUUCGACUCCGGUUGUAAAUUGACACCGAGGUUUUUUGCUCAUGACCUCUGCUGUGUCGGAUUGUUGUAGCUUUGUAACGCAAGGCGUCUUGCGCUUGACAAUUUGAGUGCAGACGAGGGGUGAACUUUAAGGCAUGCACGGACGAGAACCUAUCUGACCCAUCUGCUCUGCCAGUUUCGGCACUACACAUCGAUCUGCUGUCAUGAAACCAUCUACGGGACCCUUGAACUGACGAGAAUUUAGUCCCUCUGGUCAGUUGUAGGCCCCUCUGUAGGAUACUGGACCACCGGAUGUUUAUGACGGCGCUCGAAGCAUUUGCUGUGGACAAGAAGUCGGUUUUGGCUGGCAAAGCGUUGCAUUCACCAUUAGGUAUCAAGAGGCAAUCCCAAGGAGGUCAACAAAGUUGCUGUUUGAAGAGUCGCCUGGUCCUGACUGGUCACUUCAGUCCCCAGCGACAAUUAACAGAUCAUGGCGAGCAAGUCUCUCAACUAACUAUUUCACCUGAGAGUAGGCUUCAUUAUCGGGAUGGUCGGUAGCUGACAAAGAGACACUAUCCAUGCUUAAAACAAGCGACCGGUUCCCAUGCAAGCAGUGCAUGGUCUACUUGAUGCAAGAUGGCGAUCAUUACACCAUGUCUGUCAGAAGAGUGUCGUAGGGUUAGGUGGGACUCGGCCCCCGAGAUCUCGGUUUCCAGUUGGCCUGAAUGUGGGAUGCGGUCGUCAGACACAGCGGGCAUCCACACUUUUAUGAUGGAGACUGCGCGGCAGCAGAUUUUGGAUCAAGUCAGAUCUCCCUCGCUCGGAUUCAAGGUCAUGAAGGCUGAAAAUGACUACUUCUGUCUCCUGGCUUUCCUUCCCUUGAUAGGUUUUGUCGUUGUCCAGCGCAUUUUUCUCUAAUUUCCUAAAUCUGUUUUAGACUAGAUACAGCCGUUUUUCGCACGCAUAGAGGCCGCCUUAUACAUGGCGCAUCAGCGUCGACUUCACAGUUGGUCAUCAUGGUUGUAGUGGGGACUGUGAUGUAAUAAAAUAACCCUUCUGACUUGCCUAUCCGUAACCGACCCAAUUUAUUUAUCACCUUGUAGACUACCCUCUUUUGCGACAUUUAGAUUCUCCUUGGAGGCGGUCAGGAGGCGCGUGACGUCACAACCACUGCAACUACUCUGGGUCAGUUCGAUGCAAAGUUCUACCACAUGAUCUACAGUGAACCUUUUGGUACAGUCAAGGGUCACUUUGGUCCCAUCAAUAGUGUUUGCUUCCGCCCAGACGGCUCCGGGUACGUCUUCUGCCAGCAUCUAUAUGUAUAUAUUUUCUCUUACAGUAUGUUCCUAUUGACCCAACUGUAAAAAACUCAGUGACUUCUGUGCGAUUCAAACCCUCGGCAGCAAGGGGAAGACUUUAGUACAGCCAACGCACUAGCCAUCUGAGCUACGUGGCCUCACAUGGCGACGCGAAUUAAGUCACAUUUGGGUCCGGUUUAUCUGCCUAGCCUACCGCACCGUCUAGAAUCCACCAAAUCAGAUACAGUAAGCUGGCUGCCCAGCAGGAUUUCCUAAGUAAUUCACCUAGAAUCCACCAGAUGACUACCAGGCUCACGUAAUUCCUAGAUAUUUUAGCGGAUUUUAAAUAAUUCAUAUUGGCCCGACUGUAAACUCAACGCCUUGAUGGGAUUCGAACCCACGCCAUCAAGGGAAUCCCAGACGUUUCAGUAGGUCGGGUGGGUAACUUGCCCCAAAUGUGAUUAACUUCACGUCUUCUGGUGGGGCCUCGUAGCUCAGGUGGCUAGAGCGUUGACUGUGCUAAAGCCUUCCCCUUGCUGUCGUGGAUUCGAAUCCCACCGAGGCGCCGAGUUUUUAACAGUUUGCUCAAUAUGAAUUAUUCAAAAUCUGCCAAAACAUCUUUGAACGUCCAGUAUGUGGUAGAUGUAAUUGCGUGUGUGUCGCGAAAUCUCGCACCAUCCCUGUUUGCCCCUUGUUGACGCAGUUCCAUUUUAAUUCAGAGUUUUAUUGGAGUCCCUUCACUAGUGAAGGACAGCAAUGAUCAUUUUAACUUUGUCAUGGCGAUCUGGAUCUACUACCCUCGCUGACAGUCGUAUAGUGACCAUUGAUCUGAAAAUUGAGAAGUGUUAAAAACGUAGACGACAUAUCACUUGCCGUUAUUAACCAGUGAUGCCUCACCCGCGAACAUUUUAGCGCCUGUUAGUUGAAGUAUUUUCGGCUACCAACCCAAAUCCUCACUGACCCGCUGGACCGGGGUUACAACUUGGGAUGGGUCGUUAAUGGCCAUUCAAUUGUUCCCCGAUCUUGUCGGUAAUAGUUCUCAGUUGUCAGGGACUACGAAUUACGAAUCAACUGACUGACCCAACGAUCUAAAGCCCUGGUCUCCGAUCCUCGGGUCGAAAAUUGGGGAAUCUUUUGUGAAAGAGAAGAAUUAAGGUGUUUUUCCUGAUCGGCGACAUCUACAGUCAUAAAAUAUUAGCUGAAAUGAUCGAAUUCAGUUUCGUUUUGGGAAAAUUACUUUGAUGGGAUUAUAAUACUGAUUGUCGGCCUGCGUAAACCCAAGAUAUUUAAGACCCACCAGUAAGUUGGGUUCUGAAUGCAUUUUUUCGGCUGCUUUUAGAGUCGCGCUCGGUAAAAUAUGACUUCCUAAGUAGUAUGUAUUUUGCCUAUUGAUUUUCGUACCCUUAAAAAUCCAAACAUAUGUUAUGAUAGACAAUAAAAAUAUCCUCUCUUGUACUUAUUUGUUAGCAGAUCACGUCUUCAAAUUAUAUGCUCAAAUGAGGGCGCAGCAGGUUUUAAAAAGUUUUUUAGUUCUCAAAUAAUUUAGACACCGAUCUGUUGUUGCAUUUGAGUUUAGAGUUUUCAGUCUAAGAGCUGUGUACCUUCUGCGUAAGGAUAAUUGUAUGUUACUGUCAUUAAGGACAUACCGUACAUGGCUCAUAAAGUGUUGUACUGGUUGUAUACUUCUUAAGGAUCACUAAUACACGUAUGCGAUGCUAUUUGGAUGGACGAAAUCUCAUGACUGGAAACAUUUUGAGCAUAAGAUUUGAAGAAGGUGUGAUUUGCUACCGAAUGAGCGCUCUAGAGAAUAUUUUUACUUGGGUUUUUUUACAGAAUAUAUUUGGAUUUUAAAGGGAUUGAAAAUCAAUAGAAAAAAUGCACACCAUGUAAGUAGUCAUUCUUAGCGGGUGCGGUUUUUGCAGGUCCCAGAAAAGAAGUGCAAUCAAAAGCCAAGAUCCCGGCGUGUCGGACAGAUCAUUAGGCUACGUCGGACGACAAUCACUAUUACAACCCCAUUUAAGUAAUCCAUCCCAAUCGAAAAUACAUUUCACAAUUUUUAUUAACAUUUUAUGAGAGGUCACUGGUCGACUAGUGUGCACCAAUAUGCAGUCGCCAAUAGGCAUUACCCGGUUGGGUAUGUGGAUGUUUUUGUCCACUGCCCCUUGGGAAAUUUAUGUGCGACAUCCAAAUCGGCAUACCUGUUGGCAUAUGUUUCGUAUUAGUUCAUCGCCUUGGAGAACUGCGGCCACAAAAAUGUCAUUUUCCGGUCUGCGUACAAAAUGCGCGUAAUUACUUGGGUUAAGUCAUUUUGUCUCCUUACUUCAACUCGGUGUUCGUCUGUGUGGCCAGCAGGGAUUUUCUUGCGUGGCCACAGCAUACUUGUUGUUCACGAGAACGAAUUUCUCAGUCAUUUCGUUGGCUGAUUUGCUCAACCCGUCGCUUCUGUGACCACCCCGAAAUAUCUCUGCUGGAAUCUUUUGCUGCUGGUUUACGCCUGUUCGCCGCCGUCUACCGCUGAAGUAUGAACCGUAACCUGACAAGUUGAGCGGUUCACCGACUAGUUUCUCACUGCGGAGUCCUUUCGUCCGGGCAGUCAACUAUGCUCCUGGUCGGCGAGUGUAAUCGCGUUUGAUUUCCUUACUAACCAGACAUAAGUAGUUUGUAUUUAUAAAGUGUAAUUCACAUUUCAGCUUUGCAACGGGCGGUGAGGACGGCUAUGUCCGCCUGCAUGUCUUCGACGAUGACUACGCAGAUGUUGACCAACGGAUUUUCAAUGUACCCCCAUAA